UUUUUUUAUUAUAGUAUGGCUACAAAUAUUAAAGUCCUUGUGACAGGAUCCACCAAUGGCAAAUUUAAAGAAAUGUUUACCAAAGCCAAACAAAUUCACGAAAAAUAUGGCCCCUUUGACGUGCACUUGUGUACAGGCAACUUUUUUGGUUCUGACACCACCGAAGAGACCAUUCAAGAGUUAAUUCAAGACAAAAUUGACAUCCCUAUGAUGACUUACUUUAUUAUCGGCGAUACACCUUUCCCCGAGUCAGUUCAGAAGCAUAUCGAAAGUACCGACGGCGAAGUAUGUUCCAACCUUUACUACCUUGGUAAACAAGGUGUAUUGACGACCUCAGAUGGACUUAAAAUCGCCUUUAUAUCAGGUAGUCAACCUAACGGCGAAGAAGAGACAACAUCAGUGACCUAUUCUAAGAGCGAUAUUCAAAAAUUAUGCCUCACCAAAUUACCAGUGACAUUACCUCCUGGUGUCGAUUUCUUAUUAUCUUAUGAAUGGCCUAAAGAUAUUACCGAAUUAUCCAGCUUACCCGUCACUGAUUUAAAACCAGAGAAAUGCUCAACCUUUAUUUCUGAAUUAGCCGCUGCUUUAAAGCCUAGAUACCAUUUUGCUAGUUCUCAGGAUAUGUUUUACGAAAGAGAGCCUUAUAAGAAUAUUGUGAGUGGAUUCGGAGCGCAGGAAGAAAGACCCGCUGAUCAUGCUACACGCUUCAUUGGUUUGGGUGAAGCUUUAAACAAGGAAAAACAAAGAUGGUUUUAUGCAUUCAAUUUAGUUCCUAUGUCCAAGGCACCGAAAGAGUUAUUGGAAGUUUUACCAGAAAAUACAACCGAAUGUCCCUUUGUGCCAUUAUUCACAGGCACAAAGAGAAAGCAUGAAGAUACAGAUGAGAGUAAUGGAUCAUUCUUUUGGGGUGCCGAUGCUAAACGUCCUAAAGCAACUGAAGUACCUAAAGAAGGUUAUAUUUGUAAGCGUUGUAGCAAACCUGGUCAUUAUGUUAAGGAUUGUACCGAAGCCUAUGUCUGUCAUAAGUGUCAUGUACCAGGUCAUGAUAUUAAGGACUGUCCUGAAACUUCAAAUGAUGUAAAAGCUCCUCCCAAGGGCUAUGCUUGUAAUGUGUGUGGACAAUCAGAUCAUUUCAUUAAGAACCGUCCUCAGAGAAAGCCAAGAAACAAUAGGGAACAACCAAAAUUGGACUCUUGUUGGUUCUGUUUAGCCAACCCUAAGGUGGAAAAGCAUUUGAUCGUAUCUAUUGGAUCAGAGAUUUACGCCACGUUAGCUAAAGGACCUGUUAUUUCAUCUACAGAUGCUGAAAGUAAAGUUCCUGGUUUAGGCCACCUUUUACUGAUUCCUAUCACCCAUUAUCCCACCUUUGGAAAGAUUCCCAUGGAAACACAAAUCGAAGUAGUGGCGGAGCUGGAAAAAUACAAGAGUGCCAUUCGACGUAUGUUUGAAAAAUAUGAUCAAGAUGUAGUCUUGUUUGAAGUGUCGAGAGAAUCUAUCAAUGGUCUGAGCCAUGCUCACAUUCAAGUUGUGCCUGUACCCAAAUCCAAAUCGGAUCAAGUUGAAAAAGUUGCUAGAGAACAAUGUGCGUUGAAUAACAUGGAUUUGAUCGAACAAGUACCCCAAAAUGUCGAGAUCCCAUAUUUUAGAAUGGAGUUACCCAAUGGCAAAUCUUUGGUGCAUUUACUUCGUCCCAAAGAAAGAUUUAACUUGGAAUUUGGAAGAUUAAUCAUUGCCAAUGUACUGGGUACUCCUGAACGCGAGAGUUGGAAGGCAUGUGUUCAAACUGAAGAAGAAGAAAAAGCCUGUGCUGCUGCUUUCAAAGAAGCUUUUAAGCCUUUUGAUUUUACAUUGUAAAAAAUAAACGUCACGCUUUGACUUUUUUUUAAAAAUGGAUAAAAAGUUAAAUAAACACUAUCCACUUUUUUCUC